AUGGCCGUCUAUAGCCGUAGGACCCGGAGCCUGGAUUUCCUGGACAGCGUGGACCUUCACCCCUCUGAGCAGCUGGGAGAGGGGCUGUGCCAGACACCCGGGGACCAGCCGCCCUGUGGACUCGGUGAGGCCCUUUCUCCUCCCUGUCCCCGGGGCUCAAAGGCAGAAGCUGAGGGGCCAUUUUUCUCCCUCUGCCUGUGUGUCCCCCCUCUCCUGGGUGGUGUCCACGUGGCAGCUGCCCCGGUCCUGGACCCGGACGCCGAGUGCAGCAAGGACAUCAUCCUGGUGGGGUCCAGCGAGCCGUCGUCCUCCCCUGCACCAGGGCCCCAAAGAGAUCAGAUUGCAUAUGAAGUCAGGGUUAACCAGCGAGCCAUAGAAGACGUGUGCCUCUGCUGCGGGAGCCUCCAGGUGCACACACAGCACCCCCUGUUCGCGGGAGGGAUGUGCGCCCCGUGCAAGAACAAGUUCCUGGACUGCCUCUUCCUGUAUGACGACGACGGGUACCAGUCCUACUGCUCCAUCUGCUGCUCCGGGGAGACUCUGCUCAUCUGCGAAAACCCCGACUGCACCCGGUGCUACUGUUUUGAGUGCGUGGACGUGCUGGUGGGCCCCGGGACCUCGGAGAAAGUCCACGCCACGAGCAACUGGGUGUGCUUCCUGUGCCUGCCCUCCUCCCGAGACGGGCUGCUGCAGCGCAGGAGGAAGUGGUGGGAGCGCCUGAAGGCCUUCUACGACCAGGAGGCGGACAGCCCCCUCGAGAUGCACGCAACUGUGCCGGCGUGGAAGAGAGAGCCGGUCCGGGUGCUGUCCCUUUUCGGGAAGAUAGGGAACGAGCUGAUGAGUUUGGGCUUUCUGGAAACGGUUUCCGGCUCGGGAAACCUGAGACAUCUGAGUGAUGUUACCGACGUCGUGAGGAGGAACGUGGAAGAGUGGGGCCCGUUCGACCUCGUGUACGGCAGCACGCCCCGCCUCGGCCAGAUCUGCAACCGUCCUCCCGGGUGGUUCGUGUACCAGUUCCACCGCAUCCUGCAAUACGCGAAGCCCCGGUUCUGCAGCCCGCGGCCCUUCUUCUGGAUGUUCGUGGACAACCUGGUGCUGACCAAGGACGACUACACUGCAGCCACACGCUUCCUGGAGACCGACCCGGUGACCAUCCAGGAGUUCUGCGGCAGGACCGUCCGGAACGCCGUACGCGUGUGGAGCAACAUCCCGGCCUUGCGCAGCCGGCAUUCGGCCCUGCUUCCCCAAGACGAGGCGUCCCUGCGGGCUCCAGACAGGCAGAGAGCAAGGUCCUCCGUCCUGGGGCCUGCCGGACUGGUGAAGAACUGUUUUCUGCCCCUGAAAGAAUAUUUCAAGUUUUUUUCAACAGAACUCACUUCCUCUUUGUAAAUGAUUCAUUAGGCUGUGGCGAGAAAAAAAAAAAAAAGGAUUUUUCUUAGAACAGAUAUCUUUCCUGAUAUUGUCUCAUUUUUUCCUCUUCGAAUUGUUAUUUGAUUUGCUUGACUCUGGAUGUGCCGCGGCUGUGUCUCUGGAGAUGCAGCCCCCCCUCCAGCCCCCUGCAC